CACAAUCAGAAUGUAUAAAAUGAAGCACCACUAAGCCUUAUUAUUACCCCAACCAAGAAAACAUACAGAAAAAUUGGGAUAAAGGAAAGAGUUUUGUCUGGAAAUGGCAGGCAGUUUUCUUCUUCGCUUACUAGUGCUUCUUCUUUGUGUUUCUCAGCUCAUCUGCUUCAUGAAUGCUGUACCAGUUACUAGAAUAACGAGUUUGCAGCAUAAAUUUCAAGGUUUUGAUCAAGUCUCAGAAUAUAACAACAUGGAAAUUGUAGAAAAGAACAGCUUGAAUUUGGAGACGAUCGGCAGGAGUAGAAUGGAUCUUGAGCUGAAUGAUUAUCCUGGAUCUGGGGCCAAUAAUCGCCAUACACCGAGGCCACAGAAUUAGGGAGAUGCUCCAAGAUUUCUAUUUGAAAAAGUUGGCAUCAUUGAAGAGUCCGUGGGCAAUCCCUUUCUAGGCAACCAGAACCAGUGAAAGCAGAGUGAACAGCCCUGAUUGCUAGAUAUAUAUUCUCGUUAUCAUUAGUGUUUAGCAAAGUUGUGACCUGUAGUAUGAUUUUCUCCCCAGCUAUGGUAACAGCACAUAAUCGUAGGUAGAUUAGGAUAUGUUCUUUUUACUCAAAACUAGGAAAUGAGGGGUGAUGCUAGAAUUUAGAAGUGUGAAUUUUGAGUGUAUCAAGGUGGGAAUAAAAAGCAGGAGAAUAAUGGGAGUCAAAUUUAGAUAUAUGUCUUAUGUUUAGUCUAAUGAUAUUAAUACUUGACAACUUUACUUCUUGACUCUUUCUCAUGUUUCGUAGUGUACAUACCAUACUUUUGGGCUUUUA